AUGUCCGAGUUAGGACAGUAUGUUAGGAGGGCCAAAGUAGACAUAGCACUGCUGCAAGAACCGUAUGCAUGGAGGAAUCAGGUGUCAGGCCUGGGACAUCUAGGGGUAGCUCUAUACUAUGAACAUAAUGGUGAGCUACCUCCUAGAGCAUGCAUAUAUGUGAGCAAUAAUCUGAGAAACAUGGGCUUAUGUUACAGAGACCUUGUUGCGGUGGAAACUUACUUCAUAGAGGAUGAUGGGAGAAGAUACAAGGUGGCGCUAGCGUCCUGCUACCUGCCGGGCGAUGGAGUGGCACCAACAAAGGAACUAGAAGAAAUGGUACUGUGGUACAGAGGUAAGGGAAUUCCCCUGAUUAUUGGCUGCGAUGCUAACGCACAUCACGAGGUGUGGGGUAGCACCGACACCAAUGAAAGGGGUGAAUCAGUGAUAGAAUUUAUAAUCAGCAAUGACCUAGAGACUAUGAAUAUUGGUAACACACCAACGUUCGUAACGAGGGCUAGAAAGGAAGUACUUGACAUCACCAUGGCAACGAAAGAGAUGAGCGAUAAGGUAAGGGGCUGGAGGGUGGAUGCGGAGGAUAGCAUGUCUGACCACCGCAGAAUACUCUACAGUAUCGAAAGCCGAGUAGAAAAGAUGAAGGUGAGAAAUCCACGCAAAACCGACUGGGCGAAGUAUGAAGAGGAGCUAAGGGAAUUGGCUGACUCGGGAGUCAGGUAUGAGAAUGUGGACGACCUAGAAAAUGGGGCGCGCAGACUGUAA